GAGAGGGUUGACGAUUACCUGGAUCUGAAAUCUACCGCUAUCUCUCCAAGGAUAGAGAGAGAGAUUACAGAGAGAGGGAGAGAGAGAUAGAGAGAGUGAGUAAGCGAGUGAGAGUGUAUUGUGCAGCAGUGCCCACCAAAUCCCGCUCGUUAGACUCCAAAAUCUACUGCUAAGUGUUCCUCGGCGGAAUACAGUCCCUUCUUGAACCCCUCACUCUCACAUUACCCACCGCCACUAUCACCAUUUUCCUCUUCCCUUCUCUGCGACUCAUGGAUUCUUCUGAAGCCACGAAUAUAGUGCUCACCAAGAUCAAGAAUCUUGACCCCGAAAAUGCCUCAAAAAUCAUGGGUGUUCUCCUCAUUAGCCUAGAAGACAGUGAUUUAGUGCGAUUGUGUUGCAGUCCAGACCAUGUUCUUCAUUCGCUAAUUCUCAGGGUCAAGACUCAACUUCGUCUUUCCAGUAACUCGUCGACGUCUUUUGCUAUCCCUUCGCCUCCCUCUCCUCUCAACCCCAUAGCCAGACCCACUGCCAGCAACCCAUUUUCGCAGUCGUCACCGAGAAUCGGUGACAAUGGUUUUGACUUCAGUAGGAACCCAUCUUCACCGUCUUCGCAUUCUUGGGUAUUUUCUGGGUUGCCCAACAGCCCCAUUAGCCCGAACUCGAGCACUUUACUCUCCUAUAAGAAUAUACGUGCUGGGUUUCCAAACGACCCCACAAACACUGUCAAAGACUUUGUUGACGAGCACCAAAUGAACGAUUACUUGUCUUUUCUAAACGAGUCCUCCUCCAAAAACGAGGAUUUGGUCGAUCCAUGUCUUCAAUCGGGGCUUGGGGUUAACAAUUGGCAAUCUGUCAGCAAUGGCGAUGUUGUUCCUUUUCAUAGGAGGUGCUUCUCGGCUAGUGAUGUGUGUUUUGAGCCUGAAGAAGCAGGUCCUGGAAUUGGGCAUAAGCUCUGCCUUUACUAUGCGAGGGGCCACUGUAAAAACGGCAACAAUUGCAAGUUUGUGCAUGGCAUUUUGCCAGAUUCACUGGAUGCUCCCAUUGUUGGUUCUCCAAGUAGGUUUGAGGGGUUCGAACAGCGUGAAGAGGUUAUGAGGUUGAAAGCCAUACAGCAACGAAUGAUGGCUUCAUCGCGCCUCACGACUGGGGUGUCACCCUCGUCACACGAUCAGUACUUAAAUUUUUUGAUGCAGCAGCAAAGUGAUCCUCAGAGCCAGAGAGCUGCAGCGGCAUUGAUGAUGGGUGAAGACUUUAUCCCCUUUGGAAGAGGCAGGCCGGAAAGGAAUGACUUUUCAGCUGUGGUAUCAGCAGAAAGACUGAACUCUGCUUCCAGACAGAUUUAUUUAACAUUUCCUGCAGAGAGCACAUUUAAAGAUGAAGAUGUUUCAGAUUACUUCAGCCAAUUUGGCCCAGUGCAAGAUGUGAGGAUUCCAUACCAGCAAAAGCGAAUGUUUGGCUUUGUUACUUUUGUCUAUCCAGAGACUGUGAGACAAAUAUUAGCCAAAGGGAACCCACAUUUUAUCUGUGAUUCACGUGUGCUUGUCAAGCCCUACAAGGAGAAAGGAAAAGUCCCUGAAAAGAGACAGCAGCAUCAACAGCAGCAGUUUGACAGGGGAGAUUUUCCGCCAUCUUUGAGUCCUAUGGGGUUUGAUUCCAAAGAACCGUAUGAUCACCUUGGAGCAAGAAUGCUCUAUAGUCCACAGGAGAUCCUUUUUAGAAGACAAUUGGAGGAGCAUGAGCUGCAGAAAGCCAUUGAACUUCAAGGGAGAAGGUUGAUGAAUCUGCAGCUUCCAGACUUCAAGAACAAUCCCAUACACCAUCACCAUCGUAGUCUCUCUGUUGGUUCUUCUCUGCCCUUACCACAACUUCAUAGUAACGUUAGUAAUGCAGUUCUUCCUCCUGAUAGCAUUAAAGAAGAUAUUGCAGGCUAUAGUGGCAGCCAUGCUCCUACUAUUUCUUUGCCCACGGUUGCAUCUCUUGCUGAGAUGCAGCAGAAACAGGAAGAGGUCAAUCCAGCUAGCAUUGACGAUAAUGUUGGUGGAAGCAAAAUGGAUAACACAAAUACAGUCUCAGACAAAAAUCUGGCGCAAGUCCUUCCUGAUAGCCUAUCUGCAUCUCCAACUAAUGCAGCAGGAGAUCUGUCUGACUCAUCUGCACUGCAUGAGGUCAAUGAGAGUGCAGCAGUCACCGCUAGCACGUCUCAUAACUUAGAACCACUCGCGAAGUCUGCUGAUGUCUCUUCUCAUUGAUUUUCACUAGAAUUCCAGUGAAUUUCUUCUCAGACUAUGUUCCUGAUUCUUUUCCUGGUGGUCCUCAACUCGGCAGAUUUAUAGAAGCAUACUGAAGAAUCCUCUAGAUGUAUAGCCGAAUACAACCAGAUCAAAGACUAGAUCCUUAGAUAUGAUUCAAGGCAAUACUUACUACUAACAGCCAGUGAUACAUAUUCCAUACGUGGGCAGCCAUAUUAGCUCUGAAGUAAUUUGUCUUCCCCUUUUUAAUCAUUGUCCCUUUCCCAAACAGUUUCUGUAGGCGUGCUUGAUUAGACUGGCAUAGAAGUGUACUCUAGAUUUACCCCUAAUGUAAUUAUAUACAGCUCUUUUUUCACAUUGAGUUAUAUUUAGCUUGUAUGAUCAAGUUUUGAUUUAA